GUUCGGCGUGUGCGAAACAUGGGACAAAGCACAGUGGACAAAACAUCGCUCCCACAUUCUUUGCUCUGCCAUUGACAUUCGCAAUUGUGAGGAACAGACGUGUCGCAACAAGAUGGGAAAGCACCAUCUUAUGAUUGGGACCUGGGUGAAGCCCGGCGUCAUCAUCACGGUCGCAUUUGACGAUGAGAAGUUGACCUUGGAGCUCGUCAAGAAGACGGAAAUUCCACAUGAUGAGCCCAUUUCCUGGAUGGCUUUCGACCAUCAAAAGAAGAAUAUUUAUGGCGCAAGCAUGAAGAAAUGGAGCAGUCACAGGGUUGACAGUCCGAGCGAAAUUGUGCAUACAGGCAGUUUCGAGAUUGGCGGACAUCCGAAGGCCAACGACGCCGAUACAAAGACGCGCGCUAUCUUCCUCCUCCCGGCAAAGAAGCCGCCGUAUAAUGUCUAUUGCAACCCGUUCUACGAUUACGCUGGUUACGGCAACAUUUUCAACGUCAAUAGCGACGGUUCGUUGAAGGAGAACAUACAAGACUAUGAGUACUGCGACAAGUCCGCAAUCCACGGCAUGGUCUUCGAUCCCACAGAGACCUACCUGUACAGUGCAGAUAUGUGGGCAAACCGUGUAUGGUGCCACAAGAAGAUUGACGACCAAGGCAGACUGGAGACCGUUGGGUUCACAGAAGCGGAGGGCAAGAAAGACCACCCGAGAUGGGUUGAGAUGCAUCCCUCAGGACGCUAUCUAUAUGCCUUGAUGGAAGCAGGAAACAGGGUCUGCGAAUACGUUAUCGACCCGGAGACACACUUGCCUGUUUAUACACACAGAUGGUUCCCGCUGAUCCCACCUGACAUUCCCAACCCCCAUAUGUACCGCUCCGAUGUUGUCUUCCUUACACAAUCCUCGAACUAUCUCUUCGCUACAUCUCGCGCGAACUCCUUCGAUCUUACAGGCUACAUUGCAGCGUUCAAGAUCUCAGAGUCUGGAUCGAUUGAGCGACAGAUCUGCCUAAAUCCUACACCGACUAGCGGAGGUCACAGCAAUGCGGUCAGCCCGUGUCCUUGGACAGAUGAGUGGCUAGCCCUGACGGAUGAUGAGAAGGGUGGGGUCGAGAUCUAUAGGUGGCACAAGGAGUACCUCGCGAGGGUUGCAAGGCUCGAAGUUGGAGAGAAGGGCUUUGGUAUGAAUGCUAUUUGGUACGACUGAUAUGAUCAGAAAGUAUAUAUACACGGACCUGCCAACCUGUGGCUUUGAAUGCUAUGGCGGUGCUUGAUCGCCACGUAGAUUUGGGAUAGCUUAAAAUACGAGACGUAGCGAGCUACGCAACAGAACCGUAGGCG